AUGUUUCCGAUUCUCGGUCUGUUCCACAGUCUUCCCUCCUGUAUCUGUACCUUCUACGCCGCCUCCUCAAGCUUCCUCCCCGUAAAACGUCCCAACAGCUCACCUGCAAGCAAUGAGGGAUCGAGCAAUGGCGGCUCGAGCGAGCCUCCAAGGAAGUUCCAGAGGGUAGGGAAGUCUCAAAGACCAGUGGCCGUCCCAUCCGGCCCAGCAACUUCCGCACGCACUCGCUUCAUUCGUGUCCACGAAGGAUGGGUCCCCCUUCUACGCGUUAGUCCAGCUAUGUCCCAGGUAGCAAUACCAGUCCGUCAAACUAUGUUGAAGGUCCUCUAUACGCGCCCGAAACCAACGCUCGCUGCAGAACAUGCGUUGAAGCAGGAGGAAGAGCUCACGUAUCGAAAUACCGAAGCCCGAUUCAUCUCUCACCCUUCUGUUGGCACAGAGUCAGAAGUGCAGGCACGCGAGGAAGCACGAAAGAAAAUUGCUGCUCUGUGUUUGACGACCGUGCACCUUGAGCCCUACGUCCUCAGUAUGGAUCAAAUGAAACAGUGGGAGCCGCACGAAGAAGGAUCGCCUAUGGCUUGCGACCGAUGCAAUCAGAGGUUCAUCGUGAAGCGACGAGAAAACGCGGACCACUGUCGUUUCCACUGGGGAAGGCGCGAGAAGAGACGUGUCUAUACCUGUUGCUCGAGGACAACGGACGAAGAGGGCUGUGAGACUGGACCACACGUCUUCUACGAGUCGGAUCCCGAUAUCUUGCAUAGCCGUCACGGGUUCACCAGCUCCCGUCCCAAGAAUGGGGACGAAGAUUCGGCUUUGGACAUAGUCGCCCUGGACUGUGAGAUGAUCUACAGCACUGGCGGAAUGCGUGUCGCCCGCGUCUCAGUGGUCGAUGGCACUGGUAAUGAAGUCUUGGACAAGUUUAUCCGCAUGGACGACGGCGUUGAGGUGAUCGACUUCAACACUCGCUUCUCCGGAAUCAACGAGGAAAACUAUUCCACUGCAGUUCACCCUUUGGAGUCCGUUCGCGAGUCUCUGGAUUCUCUGAUCAAUUCGGAAACCAUCAUCAUCGGCCAUGCUCUCGAGAACGAUCUGAAAACCUUGCGAAUGAUUCAUCAUCGUUGCGUCGACACUGUCGUCCUUUUCCCGCAUCAACAAGGCCAUCCAUACCGACGAGCCUUGAGAGCGCUGGCAAAAGAGUUCCUGGGACAAACUAUUCAAGCAGCCGGCGCCGCCGGUCACAGCUCUAUCGAGGACUCUGUUGCCACACUUGACCUCGUUCGAUGGCAUGUAAUCAACAAGCCGAGACCGAAACCCCCUGCAAGAUAUGUAGCACUAGCAUAG